AUGGCUGGGCCUUUUCCACGCAGCGGCGCUGCACCUUGUCCCACGCCAAUCUCUACCUGUACGGCGAAUGAUGUUGUACAAUAUGGUGCCUCAGCGUCCGCAAGCCCUGAACCGAAGGACCUUUCCGUCGCCAACGUCCUGGCGCUAUCGGGCCCACCUGACUACAACGGGCCUCGCUGCCUUGCUGGGCCGCCCAAUACGGCAGCGGACCGUUCGGCCGUAUUUUUCCUCACCAACGACACCUUGGACCGCGCCCAGUCCCAAAUCACCGUUAGCUUCGGCACCUCUGUUUACAUGCGGCAGGUGGGGAUUUUCGUGGUAAGCGCCCUAGAGGCCGUCAGCACUGACUCCGUGUUUGUCAUUUACGACGACAGCAAGAGGUCGCCCGAUAAGCGCUGUACGGCCCAACCAAGUCCGUACGGUUCAAGAUGGAUGCGACACUGGGCAUUGAUGCGGUCUACACGUCGCGCCAACGGCCGUGGCAAUUCGCCGCCGCCGUCGCCGCCAUUGGCCCUGGCCUCUCCACCGCCGUCGCCGCCACCGCCCCUGGCCUCUCCGCCACCGUCGCCGCCACCGCCCCUGAUCUCUCCACCGCCGUCGCCGCUACCGCCCCUGGCCUCUCCGCCACCGUCGCCGCUACCGCCGCUGACCUCUCUGCCGCCCUCGCCGCCACCGCCCCUGACCUCUCCACCGCCGUCGCCGCUACCGCCCCUGGCCUCUCCGCUGCCGUCGCCGUCACCGAUCCUAUCCUCUCCGCCGUCGUCGCCGCCACCGCCCCGGACAUCUCCGCCGCCGUUGCCGCCACCGCCCCUGGCCCCUCCGCCGCCGUCGCCGCCACCGCCGCUGGCCUCUCCGCCGCCGUCGCAGCUACCGCCGCUGGCCUCUCUGCCGCCGUCGCCGCCGCCACCGCCCCUGGCCUCUCCGCCACCUCCCUCGCCGUCGUUGCCGCCACCGUCGGCAUUACCCAGCACUCCGCCACUGUCGAUGCCACAAACGUUACCUCCGCCUCCGCCGGCAUCGCCCCCGCUAACACCCAUCCCGUCUAACCGUACGGUACCGCCGUCACUGCUGGACACGUCAGGCGUGCCGUACGCUAUCAUGACGGUUACACGCGAUUCAGUACUUGAGGGCCUGGAGAUGUCCGACUCAACGCUGCUGACGGUGUUGUUUCCUGGCUCCAAGGUAGUACGGCCGCUGUCGUACACAGUCCGGGUGCCGCUGGCGAUAGUGGCUGUCGGCGGCGGCGGCAGCGGGGCGGACGCCACGAAGGCCUGCGCCGCCGACUUCAUGAAGUCCGUACGGCAGCAGUUUUUGACGUGGCUGCCCUUCAGCGGCACCAACUUGACGGCGGUGGCGUGUACAGCCAACACCUCCACAUUCCUCAACCAGAGGAUAAGCUCCGUUGCCGCUGCCGCCGCGGCGGCGGCAGCGGCUACAGCGCUGCCAAGCCACCGCCGUCAGAUGCUGCUGGGGGAGCUGGCGGCGCUGCCGCCGCCGCCGCCGCCGGACGUCCAUCCCGGCGUCAGCGGCAGCGGCAGCGCUGCCGCCGCCGGCGGCCAGACGGAGAAGCACUCACCCCAGCUGCUGGUUUGCAGCCCGGCGGCUGAUGAGAUCACCGUGUCAACCAAGGUACGAGUGACGUACGAGGUACCACUGAGCGCGGAGGGCGCGGCGGCGCUGGCAGCGGAAUGCGCGGCGGGCAACAACGGCGCCUCUAGCGCUGACGGCGCCUCCAGCUGUAGCAUCACGGUUCGGCCGGGAGCUGCAGCUGUGAGCCCUAGCGGAAGCAGCAGUACCGAUGCCGUACAGAAGAGCGCGACCCUGCCCGCCGCCGUGGCGUCAGCCGUGGGUACGGCAGCCUUAGUGGCAGUCGCCUUUGGCGUCUACGCUGCGGUGCAGCGGCGGCGGCGGCGGCGGCGGCUACAACGGCCGGGGGAUCCCGCCAACCGCGCGGUGUCCGCUGGCGGUAAGGAGGAGGUGGAGGACGAGGAUGAGAAAACGGCGGCGGCGGCGUCCCGGGGCCCCUCCAGCUCGUACAUGAUUCGGGCUGCUCGUCCCAAGGGGGACGGGUUGUCACCGUUCCUUUCAAGGCUUGGCGGCGGCGGCGGCGAUGAUGACGGCGACGAUCGUGUGUGUGGUGGCGCCAACGGCGGCGGAAGCUGCGUUGACGAGGAAGACGACAACACAAUGCACGUACUCCGUCUCUCCAAUAGUGGUAGGCAGCUACAGCCGACGGCGACGGCGACGACGGCAGCGGCGACGGCAGUGGGGAUGGCUCGGGGACCGCCGCCUGCUUGCAGCCCGGCGCAGCCGAUCCGUGGGGUAUCGAAAAGCCCAAUCUUGCGAGCCAUGAGUCAUAACCAGCCAGCACGUGGCCGGGCACUCAGGCUGUACGAACAGGCGUACGGCGCGACCGCGGGUGUUGCCGGGCUAGCGGUGCAGCCGUCGCGGCCGCGACUGCACCCGCCACGCAACAACCUGCACUCCAUGGCCGCUGUACGGGCCGCCGUACGGGCGAGCAUGGGGGGCACGGGUGAGGCGGUGAUGGCCGGUGGUGGCGGGGUAGGGAGCUGCGGCGGCAGCGGCGGUUGGAGGACUUUAUCUGAUGACGCUGGCUUGCCCGAUGCUCGUACGGCCAUCCCGGCGAACUGCACGCACGCGGCGGCGGCGCCACCACCGCCGCCGCCGCCGUGGGCCAGCGACGUCACAGACUACCUUGAAGUAGUCCCAAUACUCUGUGAGGACGAUGCCCCAUUGCCGCUGUGGCUGCCACCGGCACCCAUGCGGCUGCUGACGGAGCGUGCCGACGGUGCGGCCGACGGCAGCGGCCACGAAGCCAGCCCGCUGCCACACGUGCGACCCGUACGGGACGCCGAGGCGGAUUGGACGAGCUUGGAUGACUGGCAAGGCUUGGAUGGCCAAGGUCAGAUAGCUGGUCAGGCUCCGAACGCCGAGUUGAGUACAGGCCUGAGGACGGGUACGGCAGCCAGUGACACCGUCGCUGGGAGCACUUUGGAAUUGUCGCCGCCGCCGCCGCCACAGCAAGAGUCCUGGCAGCAAAACCCCUUAAGCGAGCGGCUUUUCCGGCCGCGGAGUCGCAUGGAGGGCGCGAGGCCUGUAACGCCGACAGAUGCCGCUGAGUUUCAAUCUCCCUCACCUUCUGGCACCAGCCUGGAGCUAGCGGCUGUAGGAACAGCCGCUGCAGCAGCAGCCGUUGCCGCCACCGCGGCCGCCGAGACCAUCGGGGCAAUCGUCGCCGCUGUGGAGGCACAGCGGAGCUGGGGCGGCGGCGGCGGCGACGGGGAUAGCGUGUACGGCAAGGCGGCACUGUCACGGCCGUCGUCGCCGCGGUCAUUGCUGGGACUCAAGCGGCUACCGUCACCGCGAGUGCAUCCGUCACCCGCAGCUACGCCGGAGCGCGGCAGCAGCCCGCCUGAAGGGUGGAAUCCACGAAAACCAGCUGUGGCGGCGGCGGCGCCGCCGCCGCCGCUGCCACCGCCGUCGUCGUCGUCGCGACCGUCGGCGGCCACCGGCGGCUCUGUAUCUCAGAACAGCACCUGGAGGCAACUCCUGGCGGUUGCGGAGACGCUGACGUCGCUCGCCGGCAGCGCCACAAGCAGGAUUACUGGCUUCCCAAUCACACGGGGCAUGCGGUACCUGCGGACGCCGAUGGGCCCGCAGCCGCCGUUCUUGGCGGCGGCAGCACGCGGGUCGCAGCACCAACACCAGCAGUUGCGUCAGCAGCUCCGGGCUUCCGCGGAGGUGGAAGUGGAGGAAGAGGAGGGGCCCUCCUCACCUCGAGCGCCUCUGAACGCGGGGUGGCGCAGCUCCUUCAGCACCUCUAGGGUUGUGGGGCAACCCUGCGUGCUGUUGCGGCGGUCAGGCUUGUCCACCUUAGACUGGCAAGGAUACGCACAAGGCACGGUGGAAACGGCAUCGGCGGCGUCGGCGGCCGCUGAUGACUGCAGUGGAGGUGGCGGCCAUGUGCAUAACGGUGCCACCGUGUCGAGCUUCGGUAGUCGGUUCGCAUGGCAGUCACCGCGCAGCGGUGGUGGCAGCAGCGAGGGCAACGGCGACGGCGGCAUUGACAUCCGUGGCAUCCCCGCCGCUGCCAAUGUUGCUGAGGAGUCCCUUAGCAGCGGCCAGGAUGAGGAUGAUGUGGACGAGCAGGAGGACUGCAGCGGCUCGGGAAUCAUACCCUGCACGAUGCUGAAGGCGGCUGCGGCGCCGCCCCCGCCGCCGCUCCACAUGGACACCUUGAUGGGCGGCAUCGGCGGCGGCGGCGACGGCGGCGGCGGCGGCGGCAACGGCGCGGCCAUUCUUGCCAAGGCGGUCAGUGUCGCAUCCAUUGCCUCAACCUACUUCCCCGCGGGCGGUAGCCGCGGCGGCAUCGUCGACGCUGCCGCCGCCGCCGCCGCACGUUCCAGUGUCCGUGGAGGCAGCGGUGAUGGUAGCGGCGCCGGAGCCCCUCCGAUCGUCACAGCGGGCCCAGCCACUGCAGACGCAGCCGGCGCUGCACGCGCGGCGAAUUUCGCAAGUCGUAUCCCACGGCAUCACCUCCGUGGCAUUCGCACCAGUACUAACGACAGCGGCAGAGCCGUAGCUGCAGCCGAAGCUGCUAGAAUUAACGUGCUCAUCAUCGAAGAUGUAGCCAUCGGGACCUUCCCGAACCUUACGGGCCCAGCCAUCAUGUUUCGCAUUCGGUGCCGCAGGCCAGACAGUCGGCCCGGCGACUUGCCGUACAGUGCCUGGGUGCCGUACAGUCAACUCCCGCCUGGCGAUGGUCACGAGGCGCUGCGGCGCUUCAUGCAGACUGCCCGGUGGCGACGGUUCAAGUCCAGCAACCAGUACCUUCACUUUGCUCGAGUGCAUCGCGACGGGGUACCCCGUCUAGUGACAAUCGACGAAGAAGAACAGCGAGACGAGGAAGGAACUCUCGGAGCUCGGGACGGGGUACCGGUGGCAUUGAAGGCUGGCAUGCAGCACCAGGCCACUAAGCUCGUCCAAGUCGUCGCCAACCGACCAAACUGUUUGGCGACGACAUCCACAACUCCCAUUUGA